AUGGAGCACCCGGGCUUCGUACGAAUAGGUGAGGCGAAGGAGACACCGCAUCUUCGACUUUUGUGUGUGCCUCACAGUGGCGGGGAUGCAUCGUCCUUCCGAUCGUGGGCGCUGGACGAUCCGUGCUUGGAAGUUUGGUCCGUCCGACUGCCCGGGCGCGGGAGCAGGCUGCACGAGAAGCCUUUCAGAGAUUGGCAGGCUGCUGUCAACGAAAUCCUUCUGGGGCUGCACGCCUUCUUCCUGGAUGGGGUCCCCUUCGCAAUCUUGGGACACUCGCUUGGUGCAUUGCUGGGCUUCGAGGUCGCCAGGUUGCUUGCUUCUCAGGGCCUGCAGCAGCCGACCCUUUUUCUUGCCAGUUCGCAUGCACCACCAUGGAAGAAGAUUUCGGGGCUACAAAACGUGCAGAAGAUGAAGCCAUCGGAGAUGCUGCCACUGCUUUCAAAGCUCGGGAUUCUCUCCAAGGAGGCAUCAAUGUUGCAGAAUGAAUCCGUGUCAACGUUCCUCCCGACGUUGCAAGCUGAUCUGGAGAUGUAUAACAGCUAUUCCUGCAUCAUGCCGCCGUUCAGAAUGCAGCAAACCGCCGUUAUCGCUUUGGUCGGUCUUUCCGACACGGCCAUCUCUUUGGAAGACAUGCAGGAAUGGGACUCCCAUUGCCAAGACUUUGAGCUCAAAGGCUUCGCCGGAGGGCACUUUUACUGGCAAGAUGCGUGGGAGGAGGUGCACGCCUACUUGGUUGAAAGGCUCCGCAGCUCUCUCCGCGUCCUUCCUGCAAGUGUGCAUUCGCGUUUCGGCGGUUGGGUAGAAAACCCAUCGCCGCCGCUUUGUGCUUUGACAACCUUGAUUUCGCGACAUCCUCCAAACAUUUCGACGAUUGAGGACACAUACGAGAGAGUCUCACUCGGGGAGCUGCGGGCUCGAAGCUACUCUUUGGCAGUUGGCCUUGGCGAUGUUCAGCGUGCCACGGUGGCUAUCCUGCUGCAUCAUGACAUUGCCUUCGUCACAGCCAUGCUCGCAAUUUGGCAGUCGAACGGCUGCAUGAUGGUGCUGGACAAGUCCUUUCCCCCGGAUUUGGUUGCAGAGAGUUUGGAUUUGGCUGGAGCUCGUCUUCUCUUGGUAGCAGCAGACCUCCUGCACAAAGUCAAGGCAGAAGGCAUGCGCGUUGUCAUGCACGAGCGCUUUGGAGACUCUGGUGGAAGUGCGUGGAAAGGGUUAUUGGCUCCAUCCCUUUUCUGCCGCAUUGAGGACGUGGUGGACCUUAACAGCCCAGCCUACCUUGUGUUCACUUCUGGGACCUCAGGAAAGCCAAAGAUGGUUGUAUGCAGCCAUCGCAGCGCUAGCUUCGGUCACCUGAGUAGAGCUCAUGUUCUUCCUUAUUCGGCUGGAGAGAAGGAGGGUGUGAACAUCAUGUUCUCAUGGGAGGUUUUGCGAGGGGUUGUCCAGGGCACAGAUGUGGCUUGCAUCCCAGACUCUGUGGUGACCGAUCCAUCUUCCUUCCUCGGGUUUAUCAAGAAGCAUGCCAUCACACGAUUCCUGGCCACACCGUCUCUCCUCCGUGCCCUGCUUGAUGCGCCGGAGAUUCAGACCCGUGCAAACGUGCUCCGAAGUCUGAAAGUGGUGUAUAGCUGCGGCGAAGCUUUGCCACUGCACACGGCGAGGAAGUUUCAAAGCAGCUUUCCAGAAGCCACCCUGGUGAAUGUCUACUCAAGCUGGGAGGGUGGAGAUCUCGCCAUUUAUAAGGUGCCAGACUCGAUGAACGGGUGGCCGGUUUGCCGUUCUGUGGUCCCGGUGGGUU